GUUGGAGCUGGAUGAAAAGCCCUGGAAAAUCCGCAUGUUGGUUCAGACAUAUAAAUGGCAGAUACAUGGUGGAAUCAUGCCAUUGUUACACAUAUUCUGGUGGCCCUGUUUGGAAUGGGCUCAUGGAUCUCUGUGAACUCAUUAUGGGUUGAGUUGCCAGUUGUUGUAGGUGUUCUACCUGAAGAGUGGAACUUGCCAGCCUAUCUUUCAGUGCUGAUUGCAUUUGGGAAUCUGGGUCCAGUGGCUGUGACUUUAACCCACCACUUUGCUCCAGGAUGGCUGAAUGAACGCUUGGUCAUCCACAUCAUACAAGUGCUAGCGGUGGUUGCAGCUGCAUUUCUUGCUCUCUUUUGGUCCCAGGUGGUCACAGUCGCUGGAGAGCCAAGAUCUGUCCCGUUCAUGCUGCUUACUUUUAUCCUGUCAUUUGUCUGCUGCACUUCCAACGUCACCUUCUUACCAUUCAUGUUCCGUUACCCCCCACAAUACAUCCGGACGUUCUUUGUCGGACAGGGUCUUUGCGCACUCUUUCCCUGUGUGGUCGCUUUGGGUCAGGGUGUAGGGAAACUAGAGUGCGUUGAGACGGCCAACGGCACAGAGCCCCACUAUCUCAAAGAAAACUUCCCUGCCCAAAACUUCUUCUGGUUCUUGUCUGUGAUGCUGGCGAUUUCGGCCCUCUGUUUUUUCGCUCUGACAAACAGAGUGGUCACUCCGACUGCAGCAGAGGAAAUUCCAAAGACUGAACAGGAAACAGUGAGAACGGAGGAAGAGACACACCCUUUACAAAACGGAGGUUCCCCAGUUUCUGAGGAACAAGUUGAAGUUGAAAAACAGGCACCUGUUGUGGCCUUCUGGACGUCACGCAAUAUAUACCUGCUCCUGUUGCUGGGAAUAUCCAAUGCUUUGACCAACGGUGUGCUACCAUCCGUGCAGAGUUUCGCCUGUCUGCCUUAUGGCACCAUGACCUUUCACCUCUCUGUCGUCUUGGGCAACAUUGCAAACCCUCUGGCCUGCUUUGUGGCCAUGUUUUUCCUACUUAGGUCCAGCAUUGGUCUUGGAAUGGUGUCACUGGGAGGCUGUAUUUUUGCUGCCCAUCUCAUGGCCUUGGCUGCGCUGAGUCCCUGUCCACCACUUUUAGGAAGUCAGUCUGGAGUUGCUCUAGUGAUCAUAUCCUGGAUCAUCUUCACCGGCUUGUUCUCUUACCUGAAGGUUGUAGUUGGGACUCUGCUUCACGAAGCAGGGCAUGCAGCUUUGCUUUGGUGUGGAGUCUUCAUCCAGGCUGGCUCUCUCAUUGGAGCUCUCACGAUGUUCCCUUUAGUCAGUGUGUACCAGGUCUUCCAGCGAGCCCAGGACUGCACAGACAACUGCAGUUAAUAUUACAGCACUUGAUUUUACACUCACCCUAUGCCUUUAUACAACAGGUAUCACUUCUAAUCUAACAUGGAAAAAGAUGGUAAACCUGAUGCCUUCACAGGACAUUUCAAGUUAAUGGCAAUGCAAAAAAAGAGCUACACUUGAUCACAUUGCUUAUCUUUGUGUUACCCGAUGGCACAUUGAGAAUGUAAAGAAUAUGUGGUUGAUACAUUUGAGUCACGUUUAAUUUGUGUGUGAACACCUUGACCUUUAUCUAGAUUAAGUGAGAAGUGUUUUCAUGCACCAAGACAUAGUAUUUUGUUUAUUGCUGGUCAUUGUUGAUGAAUACAAAUCAGGUAAGUUAUAUUGUUCCUAACUGGAAAAACUAUGUUUUCUAUGACUCCAAAAUGAAAUUGUGUUUUGACGACCACAAGCAAAAAAAUGUGUAUCAUCACAUUCCAUUAUUUCUUUAUAUUUAGACACUCAACACUGUCUGCUGAAUAUCUGGUUUUGUUUAAGUGUAAAUUUUUAGUUUUAAUGUGCAUACAAGGUCUAAAUGUACUAUCGAAAAUGUCUAACCUGUUGUAUCUGCCAUGUUUUACCCUUUUGAUUUGGAAUAUUUUAGAUGUGAGGCCAGUAUUUUAAUGAAGGUUAAUCUGAUUUUUCAGCUGCUGUUAUCUUGCACUUAAAUUGUGGUAUGUGUCAUUUUUGGCAUUUGGCACUAAUUAUUCUUGGCACUAAUUGCAUAAAUUCAGAAUAAAAACUGGGUUUAAAUCAGAUUUAGUUUUAUGAGAGCUGGAGAUUUGUGUUGUGCACUAACUGCAUUCCUGACAUCUCUAAUUAAAGCCUUUAUUUAAACUCUGUUAAUUAACUGUGCACAGUAUUAACAUGCUGUUGAUACUUUGUCAAUGACGAUGUGAGGGAAAAAAAUCAUAUUAAAAUCCCAUGAGGCUUACAAUAAUAUGGUGUCACAGAACUAUUAUAUGCUGUUUUGAAUAUGUUCACAUGUGCUUGUGCACUUUUUAUGUGCUGUUCUAAGAUCUCAGAGCUAUUUGUAGUAAAUAAAUGGUUCAUUUGACAACAAAGAAAUGUGAGUGGUAUGAAAACAAAGUUGUGGGGCUUAUUAUUAUUAAACAAAC